GCCGAACUUUUAGAGGUGUUUGGCCCUGCUUCAGCUUUUGAAGCCGAAAAACACUUCUAAAAGUCGGGCCAAGGAGCUUCUGCUUUUUAUGUUAUACAAAAGCGCUUUUCAGCUUUUCAAAAGCCGAACUUUUAGAGGUGUUUGGCCCUGCUUCAGCUUUUGAAGCCGAAAAACACUUCUAAAAGUCGGGCCAAGGAGCUUCUGCUUUUUAUGUUAUACAAAAGCGCUUUUCAGCUUUUCAAAAGCCGAACUUUUAGAGGUGUUUGGCCCUGCUUCAGCUUUUGAAGCCGAAAAAUACUUCUAAAAGUCGGGCCAAGGAGCUUCUGCUUUUUAUGUUAUACAAAAGCGCUUUUCAGCUUUUCAAAAGCCGAACUUUUAGAGGUGUUUGGCCCUGCUUCAGCUUUUGAAGCCGAAAAACACUUCUAAAAGUCGGGCCAAGGAGCUUCUGCUUUUUAUGUUAUACAAAAGCGCUUUUCAGCUUUUCAAAAGCCGAACUUUUAGAGGUGUUUGGCCCUGCUUCAGCUUUUGAAGCCGAAAAACACUUCUAAAAGUCGGGCCAAGGAGCUUCUGCUUUUUAUGUUAUACAAAAGCGCUUUUCAGCUUUUCAAAAGCCGAACUUUUAGAGGUGUUUGGCCCUGCUUCAGCUUUUGAAGCCGAAAAACACUUCUAAAAGUCGGGCCAAGGAGCUUCUGCUUUUUAUGUUAUACAAAAGUGUUUUUCGGCUUUUCAAAAGCCGAACUUUUAGAGGUGUUUGGCCCUGCUUCAGCUUUUGAAGCUAAAAAACACUUCUAAAAGCCGGGCCAAACAUAGGCAAAUAUAUACUUAACCAGAUCAUACCAAUUUAAUAUUGGUUGGCAUACUUAUUAGCAAGUUGUCAACUUAACUGAGUAAAAUUGGUCCACACAAAUUCAUCAGAAUAUGGUAAAGAUUAAUCAUAGAUUCAACCAAAAAAAAAAAUAUAAAGAUAAAUAUGGAACAGCAACAACAACAAACCGGCCGGAGGAAUAGCUGAGGGCUUCCUUUUCUUUUUUUCUUUUUUCCUUAAAGGAUAUUGUACGCUGGUCUUCUGCAUUUAUCUUAUAAAUUGCGGAAAAUCAAGUAAAAUGAUUCAACCGUUUUUGCUUUCUCCCUCUUAAAUAAGCCACCCCUUCUUCUCCUGUAAACUAUCUCCUCAAUGGAUGCCAAGCGAAUUAGCUGCCAUUUUCUAGCAAUUAUCCUCAUCAUCAUUCUCCCCAUCCUUUGCUCAGCCGGAGGAGCCGGCAAGAAUUGCGACAUCUUCACCGGAAGCUGGGUGUUGGACCAGUCGCCGUACCCUGAUCUUUCCGACUACUCCCCCACCUGUCCCUUCAUACGGCCGGAAUUCGAUUGCCACAAGUACGGCCGGCCGGACCGGCAGUACCUCAAGUACAAAUGGCAACCCUCCGGUUGCAACCUCCCCAGAUUCAAUGCGAUUGGGUUUCUGAAGAAGAUGCAGGGGAAGCAGAUCAUGUUGGUUGGCGACUCUGUCACUUUCAAUCACUACAACUCCUUGAUCUGCCUGCUCCACGCCGCCGUCCCCAAUUCCAACAUCUCCGCUACCGACCCAUGGCGUUCCGUCACGUUCCACGACUAUGGAGUUACGGUGACGAUAUUUAUGAGCCACUACCUGGUAGACAUUGAGGAAACCAAAAUCGGGAGACUCCUGAAGCUUGAUUCCAUCAGCAGUGGUGAUGUUUGGAAACAGGCUGACGUGUUGGUUUUCAACACCGGUUUGUGGUGGUACGUUAAAGACGACCGAAAAGGGUGGGAUUUCAUCCAGGAUGGUGACAACAUAGUGAAGGACAUGGACAGGACAACUGCACUCACCAAAGCUUUGGCCACCUGGCGACGGUGGGUAGACUCAACCGUCGACGUUACAAAAACUACACUAUUUUUCGAGGGUGUUUUCCCCUAUCAUCACCGUGGGUUGGAGUGGGGGAAGCCCGGACGUCGGGACUGCUCAAGGGAGAAGGUACCGCUGUCCGGAUCGAGGUAUCCGGGAGGUCCGCCGCCGAUAGCCGGAGUGGUGGAAGGAGCGCUGAGGGAGGUGAAGAAGCCGAUCCAUUUCCUCAACGUGACGACGCUUUCACAGUUGAGGGUAGACGGACAUCCGGCGUCGUAUAGUGUAGGUCACGGCAUGGAUUGCACGCAUUGGUGUGUGGCCGGGGUCCCGGAUACAUGGAAUCAAAUUUUGUACCUAUUUUUGUUAGCUUGACGAAAAUCGUACAGUAGAAUAAUGUGUGUAGGGAUUCAGAGUAUUGUUUAUAAUAAACUAGUUUGUUGUUGGAAUGUAAUAUGUGGGUACGGUAGGAAUGGACAUUAGGUGAGUUGGGCCGGUUUUUCAGCGAAAAACUACUCAGUACUCACCCAUGCAACCACAAGUAAGCUAGUGAACAAAAAUGCGACACACACAGACAUUCGAAUAUACAGUGAGUGGGGGUGUGCGAGUUAAUGCUGUUUAUUGGUGGUUUUGAGUGGGUAAAAUAGUUUCAUAAGAUAGAAAACAAAUCUGGAGCAAAAUAAAUUCAUAACCAAACCUCAAUCAAAAUAAUACCAUGAAAAAAUGUAAACUCUCAUUGGCAAUUCUAGGAUAAAAGUUGCAUAACUUGACAAAAGGAUUUGGUUGACUAAAAAACAAACUAAGUGACCAAACUGACAUGAACCAAAAUGACAUUUAAACGACUAAUAGCCAAUGGUUACUCUCAUUCAAAUAUGUUUCUUCUUCUAGCAAGGUUGAUUAGAGUACUACUGACAUAUCCUCCUCUGAACUAAAGCCAGCCAGCAUAUAUACUUCAGCUCACCUCUUCUUCAACCUUUCUACUACUUUGAUCACUCUAAGCUUGCUCCUCAGUGAUUCAAUGGUUUCAAGUUUUAGUGCUUAGAUCAUCACAUCGGCCACCGGAAAAAUAAAAAAAACUAGCCACUAAACCGGCUAGAAAGUGGUAAGUUUUCAACUUUGUUCAAAAUCGAAAAACCAGCCAAUCUUACAAGAAGCAGAUUUCAGCACUUUCACACAUGUUUACCAAAAAUAGACACCAAUCAUGGGAUUUGAACCAUGUACCUCAUGGUCAUGACUCAUGAGUUUCAAAAUUCUACAUCAAUAGACUAUAGAUAAUUUUGUGAUAUAUAUUAACUUUAUAUUUUAUAUAACUAAUGCUAGAUUUUACACAAACCAUUGUAGAUAUUAGUAAAAUUCAUUUAUAUACUUUCAUUUUUACGUAUCUAAUUGUUUGUCAUUAGUUACCAGUUACUAACUAUAAAUUAUUUUAGGUUCUUCCAAACUAAUUUAUUUGGUGUUGAUGUUCCCAUUUUUCUCAUGUAUUUUAUACAUAACUAAUAUAAAUCGAUUUUACCACCGAUCAUAUCAAACCAUUUAUUUCAUCUAAGAAAAGACCGUGAAAAAAUGGACAAACAUUCAACGGAAAAAAUGGACAAAUUCCUUUUCUCAUGAACACAUACAAGAUUCGUCACUCCAAAAAGGAUAAUGGCAACCCCACCACUCACUAUUUCAUUUAUUAACUAUUUCAGUUAUGAAUUUCAUAGUAAAUUAGUAAUAUUAAUAGAAAUAAAAUACAUGUAUAUCCUACCGAGACAGCUAUAGAUAUAUAUAAUAGACAGAUUCUGCAGAAAAUAGAAGAAAAGAAACAAUAUUUUAAAUAAUAGAAACAUCUAAGCGAAAAAUGAAGAAUUUGGAAUUCU